AUGGGCGUGGGUAAAGUUGAAAGAGAAGUGAGAUACUUUUUCAAUGAAUGGGAACUUGGGAUGUGCAUGCUACUUAGCCUUUUCCUUCAAAUAUUGUUGAUUUUAGCCGCACCUUUGAGAAAGAUAGUCUCUGGCAAAUGGCUAGAUAUCCUUCUUUGGUCAGCAUACUUACUUGCAGAUGCCACUGCAAUUUUUGCGGUUGGACUUAUCUCAAGCAAGCAGAUUUACUAUACCAGUCACUACCUUAAUUCGCCUGAAAAAAAUAUGUUGCACACUUUCUGGGCUCCUUUUCUCCUGGCUCACCUUGGUGGUCCGGAUCCCAUCAGUGCUUUCGCCCUGGAGGACAAUGAGCUGUGGCUCAGGCAUUUAUUUUCCCUGUUUACAGAGUGCAUUGCGGUGGCUUAUGUUUUCUAUCAGUUUCUCACACCUGACAAACUGUUGGUUCCAUCACUGCUUAUGUUUCUGUGUGGAUUCAUCAAAUAUGGCGAGCGCACAUAUGCUUUGUAUUGUGCAAGCGCUAAUACCUUCCGCGACUCCAUAGUUAAUGAGCCUGACUUUGAGCUACUCACGAGGAAGAGGGAUUACGAUCUUAAACAAUUCCGAGCUGUCAGAACUGAAACGCUUCAGAAGCCAGAUAGAGUGGUUGAAGCCGUGAACAGGCUGAAGGCAACUGAUCUAAAUACACUGGAGUUGGAAGUUGUGCAGUACGCUUUUCAUUACUUCAGCGUUUAUAAAGGAUUGGCUGUAGGUCUCAUGUUUAGCACCAUUCAGCGCGACCAGAGCCGGGAAUUAUUUAGUUCUUGUCAUCACGCCUUCAGAAUUGUUGAGGUAGAAUUAAAUUUUCUUUAUGAUGUCCUGUUCACCAAGCUUCCUGUAGUGUAUCAUCGAUUUGGGUUCAGCUGUCGCGCUGUAUCCUUUCUUGCCAUUGUCGCUUCAUUGGUGCUUUUUCAUUAUGCUGAUAAAAAGCAUCUUAAACUCGAAGGAUUUGAAGUAGGAAUCACCUAUACUUUGCUUAUCGGAGGAAUUGUGUUGGAAGUCAUCGCAUUUUUCAUGCUUGUUUUCUCUGACUGGACAGUUGUGAAGAUCAAACCUUCCCCUGAUCUUGAAAAUCCUAGAUAUAAUCCCAAUGAGCAAUCGUGGGAAUGUAUGUUCAGUAAUUAUAUAUUGAGUGCUAAUGUGAGAAGAAGGAAGAUCAUAUGUUGGUUGCUAAAUAUCGGUGGGGUGCGGGGUAGAGGGAAAGAUUUUGUGUCAAAACCGACGGCUGGUAGCCGGUGGGCGGAGUCUAUUUCAGGAUACAAUUUGAUAUAUUAUUGUCUACAUAGACGUUCAGGAGCAAAUGAAACUUUUUUAGAUCAAUUUGGCAUCACAGCCUUCCUCGAGAAGAUAGUGUGUGUGAAACUGCACCCAUUGCCUUCCUACAUGAAAGAAUUCAUCUUUAAAGAGUUGAAAACGAAGUCGGAGAUGGCAUCUGAUUUGGACACUGCUAAGAAAAUAGGUUCAGCCAGAGGUGAAUGGGUACUUAGAACUGAAGGCUACAGCGACUCUGAUCUGAGUCUUUAUGUUGCAGAUGUUGAGUACGAUGAGAGCCUUCUUGUGUGGCACAUUGCCACUGAAAUUUGGUUCCCUUAUGAUAAACGUGAAAACAUUGAUGGCGAGCAAGAGCACACAAGGAUCGCCAAGUUAAUAUCAGACUACAUGAUAUAUCUCCUAGUGAUGAAGCCUGGUAUGAUGUCAGCUGUUUCUAGAAUCGGGCUAAUAAGAUUUCGUGACACUUGUGCUGAGGCUAAAAAAUUCUCGGACAUCGAUUGUUCAAUAAUGGAGGGACUACCAGAGGUGGAGUCACAUAGUAGUUUUUGCGAACAGUUACUUAAUUACCGACCAAGUUCGGGGGAAUUCCGCACUAAUAAAAACAGAGGUAUGUCCAUAUUGUUGAAAGCAGCGGAAUUGGCCAAAGUGCUUGGAAUGAUAGAACCCUAUGAGAGAUGGGAGCUAAUGAGCAAGAUGUGGGUGGAACUGCUAUCAUACGGGGCAAUUCAUAUCAGACCAAAUGCUCACGCUCAACAACUAAGUAAAGGUGGUGAACUCGUCACCAUUGUUUGGUUAUUGAUGACUCAGCUUGGCCUGGGAGAUCAGUUUCAACCUCAUUUUGGGUUUUGA